AUGCUCUCUCAUCUGCCUCUGCUUGCGCUGGGCGCGCUCUCCGCGUCCGUCGUAGCCAACAAGUUGGCCUGCGGUGUCGUGCCAGAUGGCUGGACACAGGUGCCGGGUGACUACCUCAAGGUGGCGUACGACGGCAAGACGCUCUGUGCGAUCGAUCUGCAGUACCAACUCGCCUGUGCGGCCUCGACGACGAGUCCGAUCCCAUGGUCGGCGAUCCCAGGCGAGUUCGCUGACAUUGGCCUCGCCAACGGCGUCCUGUACGCGCGCAAGCACGACGUCCAGGGCACGAUGGUGGUGACCAACUCGGUCAGCAACGUGCAGUGGGCGACCGUGAACCUCAACUACGGUGCUGAGAAGCAAACCAACUUUGCAUUCGAUGGCUCGACGCUCUGCGAGGCGACGGACGCUGGUCGCUUCGUCUGCACCCGCACGACACCUGGUGGCAUCCCGUACACGUGGACCAGCGUCGACGGCAACAUUGUGCAGGCGGCGGUGCGUGGCAGCACUCUUUUUGGCGUCGACGCCACCGGUCGGUUGUACAAGGGCGCGACGGCAUCGGCACUGGCGAGCGGCAAGGGACAGUGGGAAGCCAUGUCCAACAAAACGCUGUCGCAAGUGUCGUACGACGGGUCGCAGCUCUGCGGUGUCGACAAGAACAACCAGGCGCACUGUACAUCCGGGUCGCUAACUGCAUCGGCGAAGGCGCCAUCGCAGUGCUGCUUCAAGGAUGGCGACGUCAUUCAGCUGCAGUCGGACACGGGUAAGUAUCUCGGUCGCUGCGGCGGCGGUUGCAUUCCGGGGGCAGCAUACCCGGACUCGGCGUUCGUUCACGUCUCGGAUCCGUGGGCGGCUGACGCUGCAUGCGGUCGGUGGACGGUCAAGAACAUCGGCAACGGCAAAAUUGCGCUGCAAUCCGACUCGGGGAAAUAUCUCGCGCGCUGCAAUGGGUGCGCCACGAACGCCAAGGCGACGUACCCGGACGAAGCGUUCGUGCACAGCACCAACCCAUCGACGGCGUUCACGCAGUGGAAGUGCGUCGACGCGGGCAACGGCAAGAUUGGGCUCCAGAGCGACACGGGCAAGUACCUCGCCCGCUGCAACAACUGCUUUGGCACCAAAGUAUACCCUGAUGUGGCGUUUGUCCAUGCCAAGUGCUGGUCGGACGGGGCGUACGCGCAGUGGACCGUGUACAAAGCCAAGGACAAGCCCCGGGCGAGCCAGUGCCCGGUGCCAGCACCCGUCUUCCGCUGGCAGUCGCUGCCCGGCGACUGGGAAAGCAUCACGUCGUACAACGGCAACGUCUUUGGCAUCGACACUACAAACCGCUUGUUCACGCGCACUGUGAGUGCAACGGCCAAGGCAUGAACAGACAAUCUGUCUCGUUGGAAUCGUAUUAAAGUAUGUAAAUGUCAAUCAAUAUAUGUCCCAAGCCAAGGCUUUUGUCCCAG